GAUCCAAAGAGUAAUCUGCCAAGUCAUCGUCGUUAUCCCACGGUAAUCUCAACUGAAACAACUCCUCUGUAGACACCCCUGUUGACUCCGCCGUUUUCUCAACUCAACCCCCAUGGCUCUCGAAGCGCGCCUCCGCCUCCCACUCGCCGGGCCAACUCCGGCCACCGCUUUCGUCUCAGGAUCCAACCCCAAACCCAGCCACGUAUCCUUCUCCCUCAAACCUACCUCCACUUCUCUCGCCGCCGCCAAUGCGCCGCCGCCCAUCGUCGUCGUGGGCUCCGCCAACGCGGACAUCUACGUCGAGGUCAACCGUCUUCCGCUCGUCGGCGAGACGGUUGCCGCGAGUGCCGGUCACAGCCUCGCCGGUGGGAAGGGCGCCAAUCAAGCCGCCUGCGGGGGGCGGCUGGCGAUGGGACCCACCUACCUCGUGGCGCGCGUGGGGGACGACGCCAACGGGCGCCUCCUCGAGGGCGCACUCGCGGACGCCGGCGGCGUCCGCCUCGACCGCGUCGCUCGCGCCCCCGGCGCGCCCUCGGGCCACGCUGUUGUCAUGCUCAUGCCCGACGGGCAGAACUCCAUCAUCAUCGUUGGCGGCGCCAACAUGGAGGGCUGGGCACCGGAGGUCGACCCGGAGGACCUGGACCUGAUCCGGCAGGCCGGCGUGCUGCUGCUGCAACGGGAGAUACCCGAUUGGGUCAACAUUCAGGUGGCUCAGGCUGCAAAAGGCGCAGGUGUGCCUGUUAUCUUGGAUGCAGGUGGAAUGGAUGCUCCUGUCCCAAGAGAACUACUUGAACUGGUGGAUAUUUUUAGUCCAAAUGAAACAGAGCUAGCACGUUUGACUGGGAUGCUUACAGAGACUUUUGAACAAAUCAGCCAGGCUGCAGGAGCAUGCCAUAAAAUGGGUGUGAAAGAAGUUUUGGUUAAACUUGGGUCACAAGGAUCUGCUCUGUUUGUUGAGGGAGAGGAGCCAAUUAGACAGGCGAUAAUACCCGCCACAGAAGUAGUGGACACCACCGGUGCUGGCGACACCUUCACGUCAGCUUUUGCCGUGGCUCUGGUGGAAGGGAAGCCUAAGAAAGAGUGCAUGAGAUUUGCUGCCGCCGCCGCCUCACUGUGUGUUCGGGUAAAGGGAGCCAUUCCCAGCAUGCCUGACAGGGAAACCGUGAUGAGCCUUCUAGAAUCCGUGCAAGCCGAAUAACCGGAGAAAAUGGUGACUUUAGCCGCCCUAUUCAUCAGCAAUAAUGAUCGGCUAAAAUUCCGACGGAUCCAGUGAGCUCCUUCCGCACCCUCGUGUGCCGCCCCCAGCCCAGUAACGCGUUAGUAGUAUUCUAGAAAGGGAAACGCAUUUUCGGGAGCAAAUCCCGCACCCUCGAAAUAAAAAAAAAGCACGCCUGAACCAACGGUUUCACUUCAGAAAGAUCGAAUGAACAGUUUUCAUA